CAUGGGCCGUGGGUGUUUCCUGGAACCCUCUUUGAGGUGUGGUGCACAUUUGCAUUGGAAUCUCCGUUUGUUUUGACAGAAACACGAGUUUUCAGCGUCAGCUAUGGCCGAUGACUUCGAGUUCGCAGAUAAAGUUCCUCCUUCGUUCGAUCGAGUGGCCUCAAACCAAGGGCUCAACCCAGGCUUAAUUGUGCUCCUGGUUGUUGGUGGGUUGCUGUUGACAUUCCUCGUUGGAAACUUUGUGCUCUACACGUAUGCACAGAAGACCCUCCCUCCUAGAAAAAAGAAGCCUGUUUCAAAGAAAAAGAUGAAAAAGGAGAGACUGAAACAAGGUGUGUCUGCACCUGGAGAGUAGACUCUGUACUCAGUUUAUGUUCUGUGGUUUAAAUUGUACUAUUUAGAUAAAGCUUCUUCUGUGGAGUCUUGCAUGACGUUGAUUUUGUUCUUUUCUACCCGUGUAUUACUGAUGGAAAGCUUAACCGCAUAAUUUAGUGCUUUAGUAAUGUUAUUGGGACUGGUUAUUUCAUGCUUAAA